UGUAUAAUUAUAGAUCUAGUGCACGUGUGGUAAUAUAAGACCACUACUUAAAGAGGUGUGUGCAUGGGACCUUCACAUAAUCAUACCUGAAGCAUUGUCAAUGAUGAGUUAUUUGCUGUGGAAGUCAGUUACUUUCUUGAGCCUGAUUUGGGCUGUUGGAGGACAGUCAAGUGGAAGCUUGAGGCUGGUAGGCAACUUUGGCCAAACAGGAGGCUCCUCUGGUAGACUGGAGGUCUAUUACAGUAGACAAUGGGGGACAGUGUGUGAUGACCUCUUCAGUCCAAAUGAUGCAGUGGUGGCUUGUCGUCAACUAGGGUUCUCAACCUACACUAGAUACGGAACAGUUGGAGUGCUAGGUUUCUCCCAACCCUCAUCAUCAUCCUAUCCGGUAUGGCUAAACAAUCUUCGUUGCUUAGGAACUGAGAGAAGACUCAUUGAUUGUCCUCGUAGUAGUAUAUAUAUCGGAUAUAAUUAUUGCGCCCAUUCACAAGAUAUAGCCUUGAUCUGCACUGCAAGUAGUACUACAAGCUCAAAUGGAAACCUGAGGCUGGUACGCAGCUCAGGCCAAACAGGAGGUUCCUCUGGUAGACUGGAGGUCUAUUACAGUGGACGAUGGGGGACAGUGUGUGACGACAGGUUCGGUUCAAAUGAUGCAAGAGUAGCUUGUCGUCAACUAGGGUUCUCAACCUACACUCGAUACGGAACAGUUGGAACGCUAGGUUUCUCCCAAGCAUCAUCAACCACUCGAACAUUGCUGGACGAGCUUCGUUGCUCAGGAACUGAGAGCAGACUCAUUAAUUGUCCUGCUAACACUAUCGGAGUUGAAAAUUGUGUCCAUUCACAAGAUGUGGCUCUGGUCUGCACUGGAACAUCCACUUCAUCUGGCGUCUCGAUCGGUCUCGGAGUGGCCAUUCCUUUCAUCAUCAUCGCCGUAGUUGGAGCUGUCAUCUCAAUUAUCUUUAAUUUAAUAAGGAAAGGAAUUUGCCUGCUUGGCCUCGCACGUUUCACACGCAGGACUCCCGUAACCGUAGUUACUAAUACUACUGCGACAGAUGUAACCGUCACAAAUAAACAAGAUGCCUGCUCACCAACUUCUGUUAACUAUCUGGUAGAAAUUGUUCGACUGUAUAAUGAGAACUACAUUGAUACAAAACUGCAUGCUAGACAACAAUUGAGUGGAGAUGUGAGGCUGGUAGCUUCGUCUGGUUUAACAGGAGGCAGAAUUGGUAGACUUGAAGUCUACUACAAUGGACAAUGGGGGACAGUGUGUCAUGACAACUUUGGUAUAAAUGAUGCGCGUGUGGCUUGUCGUCAGCUGGGUUUCCUAGGUUACACAGGCUAUGGGACCGUACGAAAUGCCCUAGCAGUGUCAACAUCCACUCCGAUAUGGUUGGACGAGCUUCGUUGCUUUGGAUCCGAAAGUAGACUGGAUAACUGCCCACGAAAUCCUAUUGGAGAUCACGAUUGUGACCGUUCUGAUGAUGUGGGAUUAGUGUGUGCAAUAGAUGGAGAUAUAAGACUAGUGGAUAGUUCUGACACCGUUUGGCUCGGUCCCAAUGGACGACUGGAGUUGUUUUAUAACGGACAAUGGGGGACAGUGUGUGACGACAGCUUCAGUCCAAACGAUGCAAGAGUGGCUUGUCGUCAGCUGGGGUACGAUGACUAUACUAACUAUGGACGAGUAGGAACAUUAGGUUUCUCCCAAGCUUCAUCAAGCACUCCAACAUUGCUGGACGAGCUUCGUUGCUUAGGAACUGAGAGAGCACUCAUUAAUUGUCCUGCUAACCCUAUCGGAGUUGAAGAUUGCAGCCACACACAAGAUGUGGCCUUGUUCUGUAUUUCAGAUGGAGACCUGAGGCUGGUAGACAACUCAGGUGGAACAAGAGGCUCCUCUGGCAGACUGGAAGUCUAUUACAAUGGAACAUGGGGGACAGUGUGUGAAGACAACUUCAGUCCAAAUGAUGCCAGAGUGGCUUGUCGUCAACUAGGGUUCUCAAGCUACACUCAAUACGGAACAGUUGGAACGCUAGGUUUCUUCCAACCUUCAUCAACCGCUCGGACAUGGCUGGAUGAGCUUCGUUGCUCAGGAAAUGAGAGCAGACUCAUUGAUUGUCCUGCUAACCCUAUCGGAGUUGAAGAUUGCAGCCACACACAAGAUGUGGCCUUGUUCUGUAUUUCAGAUGGAGACCUGAGGCUGGUAGACAACUCAGGUGGAACAAGAGGCUCCUCUGGCAGACUGGAGGUCUACUACAAUGGACAAUGGGGAACAGUGUGUGAUGACAACUUCGGUAUAAAUGAUGCGCGUGUGGCUUGUCGUCAGCUGGGUUUCUUAGGUUACACAGGCUAUGGGAAUGUACGAAAUGCCCUAACAGUGUCAACAUCCACUCCGAUAUGGUUGGACGAGCUUCGUUGCUUUGGAUCCGAAAGUAGACUGGAUAACUGCCCACGAAAUUCUAUUGGAUCUCACGAUUGCGACCAUUCUGAUGAUGUGGGAUUAGUGUGUGCAAUAGAUGGAGAUAUAAGACUAGUGGAUAGUUCUGGCACCGUUUGGCUCGGUCCCAAUGGUCGACUGGAGUUGUUUUAUAACGGACAAUGGGGGACAGUGUGUGACGACAGCUUCAGUCCAAAUGAUGCAAGAGUGGCUUGUCGUCAGCUGGGGUACGAUGACUACACUAACUAUGGCCGAGUAGGAACAUUAGGUUUCUCCCAAGCUUCAUCAAGCACUCCGACAUUGCUGGACGAGCUUCGUUGCUUAGGAACUGAGAGCAGACUCUUUGAGUGUGCUGCUAACCCUAUCGGAGUUGAAGAUUGCAGCCACACACAAGAUGUGGCCUUGACCUGUAUAAUAGAUGGAGACCUGAGGCUGGUAGACAACUCAGGUGGAACAAGAGGCUCCUCUGGCAGACUGGAGGUCUAUUACAAUGGAGCAUGGGGAACAGUGUGUGAAGACAGCUUCAGUCCAAAUGAUGCCAGAGUGGCUUGUCGUCAACUAGGGUUCUCAAGCUACACUCAAUACGGAAGAGUUGGAACGCUAGGUUUCUUCCAACCUUCAUCAACCGCUCGGACAUGGCUGGAUGAGCUUCGUUGCUCAGGAACUGAGAGCAGACUCAUUGAUUGUCCUGCUAACCCUAUCGGAGAUGAAGAUUGCAGCCACACACAAGACGUGGCUCUGGUGUGCAAUGCAGCUACUUCCACUUCCUCUCCAUCUUCAACUCCAACUACGUCCUCCAACGUGACAUCGAUCAGUACCGGAGUGACCAUUCCUAUCAUCUUUGUUGUUGUGGUCCUUUUUAUUUUCUUGUUUUGUAUUUUCACAAACCGGAGAAGACGUCGUGUUGUUCGCCCAGCAACCAGAGUUCCUGUAGUCGCUAAUGUUAGAUCAACAACUGUUAUCAUUGCCAAAUCUACCGCACCAGCAAAAGAACAAGAUACAGCCUACCCCAUGCAAUCCAAACCCCAAUAUUCGAACCAGGCACCCCCUCAACAUAUGUAUCCGCCUCAACCAGCAGCGUCCUACCCGACUGGACAAUAUCCCAACCCCGCCUACCCCCCAGCCCCUUACCCAUCUGGACAGCAACCCCCAGCCCCCUAUCCCACUGGACAACAACCCGCUGCUCUGUACCCUUCUCUGUACCCCGGUGGACCACCCCCUGCUCCGUACUUGUCUGGAGGAGGAGCCCCUCCUGCUUAUCCAGGCUGAUUAUGGGGACUGCCCACCAUGCAUGCAAGCAGUAUUAACUGAACGUUUAGGACAAAUUGACUAAAUAGCUGUUAGCAGGAGUGCACUCUGCUGUUAGUGAUAGCAAAGUUUUUAGUAUGAGUAUCAUUAUUAUCAUUCUAUGAGUUAAUUUUUAAGUUUAGACAAUGAGAAUUUUGUUCCUCAUUUUUUAUGGACUAUAUAUAAUAAUUAUUGCAAAUUA